GCACGACCCUGUCACAUACACGUGCCUUUGUCACAGUCGCGUCUUAAUAUUCUGGGCGCCGUCGCUUUCAAGCCACCACUACUUAUCCUUAAUCCUUCUCCAAAGCCAACUUCCAAAAGAUAUAUACCAUAUUCGUGGAGGUCAUGGCCGAAAUUGUUUCCCCUCGAGUCAACUCUGCAAGACUUGCUGAUCAUGUCGGACAGCAUGUUCGUCUGACUUGCAAGGUUCUCAGGUUGACAGGUAGUGCAGCCAUUGUUGAAGCGUCAGACGGAGGCCAAGUAGAAGUUCGGGUUCCAAUCAAGAGUCCGAUCAAAGAUGUCUAUAUCGAGGUUGUUGGGCAGGUUGUAGAGCCUGGUGUUGUUAAGCUCCUCAAUUGCAUCAACCUGGGAGAUACACUAGGUAAGUCGUACGAUAACUCCAAUUCAUAUUGCGAUCUGAAGAUUGUAGAUAUGAACAUUGUCGACUUUGUUGUUGAGAAGUGGCAUAGUCCUCAAUUCUCUUCCAUGUUCUGAGGUUCUCAUUCUCGUUCUUGCCGCAAUUCUGUAUUGAUAGUGCUGUAUUUCUAUGUUGGAUCUUGCCGAAGAUGAUACCUUAGGUUGCAAUUCUUGCGUGCGUUAGGAUUGGCGGAAGGGAGACAGUCUGCGGUGUCCGAAAAUCCCCUUUUAUGCAUAUAUCCUACACUCGUCAUAAAAGAAUCUAACGCUGCUCUGUAAUGAGAACACUCAUGCCGAAACUCUCGCCUAUUACUUUCUCGUUUCCUACUUGUUAUUCACUCUUCACUCUUCACGUUGCCCCUUAGAUCAUUUGGCCUUUCCGGUUUAUCGCUACAUAAAUACUUUCUUCUGCUAACACUAUAGCAGUCUGAACUCGUCCAUUGUGCCUGGCAAAUAUGGUGGAAUGUCCUGUAAAUU